AUGGCUCCUCCUCGUUCCGCAUCUUCCUCACUCAAAUCAAGAGCCACGGCCGUCCUAUCCGCCGCCGCCUCCGUCACCGCCACCGUCAUGGUGGCUCGAUCCCUGGCAAACGACUUCCUCCCUGACGAAUUCCACGACUACGUCUCCUUCCGCAUCCGCAAGCUCCUCAGCCGCUUCUCGUCACAGCUCACCAUGGUCGUCAACCAAUUCGACGACCGACUCGUCCCCAACCAAAUCUACGACGCCGCCGAGACCUACCUCGCCGGCAGGGUCAGCCCGUCCACCACGCGGCUCAACGUCAGCCAGCCCGACAAGGAGAACAGCGUUCAGGUUAGGAUGGAGAGCCACGAGGAGGUCGUGGACGAGUUCCAGGGCGUGAAUUUCAGGUGGGUUCUGCGCUCCAAGAAGAUCAAAUCCUCAGCUCGGCGACUCGGAUCGUCUCGAAGGAGUACCGAUGACGACUUCUCCUCCAUACUGUCCCUCUCGCACGCUCGGUGCUUCGAGGUCAGCUUCCCCAAACAGCACGAAAAAAUGGCGGUCGAAUCCUACUUCCCCCACAUCGUCAGGGAAGCCAGAGCAAUGAAGGAGGAGAAGAAGACGCUCAAGAUCUUCACCGUGGAGCCGGAGAAUCUGUACGGGAACAUUUCCAAGGUAUGGACCGGUGUAAAUUUGGACCAUCCGGCAACAUUCGACACCCUGGCGAUGGAUGCAGGGCACAAGACCGCGAUCCUGAAGGACCUGGCGCGGUUCGUCAGGAGGAAGGACUACUACAGGAAAGUCGGCAAGGCGUGGAAAAGAGGAUACCUACUGUACGGCCCGCCGGGUACGGGGAAAUCGAGCCUGAUCGCCGCGAUGGCGAACUACCUCAACUUCGACGUCUACGAUCUGGAGCUGACGCAGCUGAGGGAGAAUUCGGAGCUCAGGAAGCUGAUCAUCGCGACCGCGAACCGGUCGAUUUUGGUCGUGGAGGACAUUGACUGCACAAUCGAUUUGCAGAAUCGUUCUGCGGCCAAGCAGAACCACCAUAAUCCUCAUCAUCAUCCGCCGAAGCGGCAGGUGACGCUGUCGGGGUUGCUGAAUUUCAUCGACGGGCUGUGGUCGAGCUGCGGCGACGAGAGGAUCAUCGUGUUCACUACCAAUCACAAGGAGAAGCUGGACCCGGCAUUGAUGCGGCCCGGGAGGAUGGAUGUGCACAUCAAUCUGUCUUACUGUACUCCUUGUGGGUUCAGGAUUCUGGCUUCCAAUUACCUUGGAGUGAAGGAUCAUGGUUUGUUUCCUGAGAUCGAGGAGCUCGUCUCGAGGUGCCAGGUGACUCCUGCUGAAGUCGCGGAGCAGCUAAUGAGGAAUGACGACGAUGAUGAGGAUGAUGAUGAUGCUGGUGACCCUGAAGAUGUUCUUACUAGGCUGAUUGAGUUCCUGAAAUCGAAGAAGGACGAAUUGAAAGUAGAAUCGUUAGAGACAAGUAAGAGCCAAGAAACCCAAGAGAUUAAGAAAGGUGGACUAAGCAGCAGCAGCGACAACAAAGGCUAA